CACUAAUCUGGGCAUGCGCGCUGCAUCUUUGACUCCCUCUCCUCUUGUUGCCUUGGUAACGAAUAAAGGGGGGUCUCUGCCAGAAGGGAGAAGGGGAGAGGUGCCCGUACCUAUCACAUGACCAUUGUCUCGAUUAUUAUUGUGUACCUCUGUGUUGGGCGUCAGUCGUCGUUCCUCCUGCAUCCCUGUCCAUCAGUGUUGCGCCGCGUUUUUCGCCAUAGAUCAUUGACAUGUCCGACAUCGUCCCCCCUGAGGUACGGCCAAAGCCGGUCGUACCGGCCAAACCCCCCCACGUGGGGGCGCCGUCUCCCUCCAACCCCUUCCCCCCCCAGGGCCUGGGCGCGGGGACCGGCGGCUCCGGCCCCCCGCCCCCCAGCGCUAUCCCGGUCAUGAUCGGCAGCCACGGGGUCAGCCACGCCCCCAGCCACACCCACAGCCACGUGGGGGCCAACCAUGGGGUGGGGAACAGCGUUAGUGGUCACGGUGGCUCUGGGGCUCUGCCCCAGAGCGCCGGCCCCCAGGGGUCCGCCGGCGGCGGGACCCUGCUGGGCUACAUCGGCAUCGACACCAUCAUCGAGCAGAUGAGGAAGAAGACGAUGAAGACGGGCUUCGACUUCAACAUCAUGGUCGUAGGUCACAGCGGGCUGGGGAAGUCCACCCUGCUGAACACGCUCUUCAAGUCCCAGGUGAGCAGGCGGAGCGCCGGCUGGGCCCGCGACGAGAAGAUCCCCAAGACCGUGGAGAUCAAGGCUGUGUCCCACUUCAUCGAAGAGGGCGGGGUCAAGAUGAAGCUGACCGUUGUGGACACCCCUGGCUUCGGGGAUCAGAUCAACAACGACAACUGCUGGGAGCCAAUAGGAAAGUACAUUAACGAGCAGUACGAGAAGUUCCUGAAGGAGGAGGUGAACAUCACCAGGAAGAAGCGGAUCCCAGACACCCGGGUCCAUUGCUGCCUCUACUUCAUCUCCCCCACGGGGCACUCCCUUCGGCAGCUGGACCUUGAGUUCAUGAAGCACCUGAGCCACUCGGUUAACAUCAUCCCCAUCAUCGCCAAGGCUGACACCAUGACCAUUGAGGAGAGGCUGGACUUCAAGCAGAGGGUGAGGAAGGAGCUGGAGAUGGGGGGCGUGGAGUACUAUCCCCAGAAGGAAUUUGACGAGGACAUGGAAGACAAGAGUGACAACGACAAGAUACGGGAGGCGAUGCCCUUAGCGGUCGUGGGCAGCGAUAAGGAGUACCAGGUCAACGGGAAGCGGGUUCUGGGACGGAAGACGGCUUGGGGAGUGGUGGAAGUGGAAAACCCCAACCACUGUGAGUUCGCCCAGCUGAGAGAUUUCCUGAUCAGGUCUCACCUCCAGGACCUGAAGGAGGUCACACACAACAUCCACUACGAGACCUACCGCGCCAAGAGGCUCCACGGCAACGGGGGGCUGCACCCCGUCGCUGCCAACGACACCCAGGAGAGCAACCUGUGAUCGGUGGCUCAGCCAAUCAGGGACGAGAGGGCGGGGAGACUGAGGGGAUCGGGAGGAGAGCAGUGCGACGACGGCUUCCUAUGUAUAGAUAUGUCCACAUAGACAACGCUGUAUCGAUGUAUCUAUCAGUGGGAGAUGUAGAUAUACGGUAUACAUCGUGACAUGACGUCAGCCCCGCCUCCUCCGCAAUCAUGAUGAGUGUGGGGCAUUACGUGUGGUAAUGCCCAUUUAUUUCAUGUCUGGUUCCCCCCCCCCCUCGUUCUACGUGAUCCCCUUGCCCGGCAGAAGCCAUUCGCAGCGGGUUUGGAUGAGAGCGCACGCCCUCCCAGAACCCUUUAUAGUCAACACCGCCAUCCGUUACCUGUGCCAUGUCCUCUUCCUCCAUUCACUGCCAAGGCAGUCUAUGUUUAGAGUGUAGUACAAUUGCCAUUAUUAUUCAUAUUCGGUGAAUGCGUACAUGUGCCAUUAAGUCUGCUUUAGUGUUGUCGGGCAGACAUGUGUCUGAAUUCAGGCUAUUGUGAUCGUUUGUUCUGGUUACUAAUAAGAUACUCAGCGCACUUGUGAGUGUUCACAAGUGUGUCUUUCUCAGUUACUCACCUACUGACUGGUGGUGCAUUUAACCCCCGCAGAACUGAAAGGCAGUGGUAAAAAACAAUAUUUUUCUGUACAUUUUCAGGUACAUUUUUUAAAGUGGGUUAUAUGGACAUAAUGACGUCUUAAAAAAAAUAAUAUAUUUCUGUCCUUAGAUCAUAACGUGGAUAAUCUGACAAUAUUUUGGUUUAUUUGCACGCAUUGAAAAUCGAAAAAGUAGAUCAGUAGUAGAAGUCAAUAUGAUGAGGUAUGAAUUCCUGAAUGAAUCAUGAAUUUUACUGUAAUGCAGCCCUUAUAUUCAUCUGUAUUCAUUACCCUAGCCAUUUUUCAAUGGAUUUUUUCUUACAUUAAAUCCAAUGAUCAUGUACAUGUCCAGAAAUAUUCAGGUUUGCCCCUCUGAACCAGAUAUAUGGUCCAAUAGUUUGUGCCAAUGCUAUUUCCACUUCAUUAUGUUGGCCACCAGAUGGCAGUAUUCUGUAAAAACGUCCGUGACAACCCGAAUUGGAGUCACUUUCUGCUUUUCUUCUUAUUUAUCUCCUCUUUUGCUCUUUUGCUUAUGGAUCAUUCUGGGUGUUUAUGGUUUACAAUAACUCCUUGGAUCCUGAAAACAUAUCAUUGUUUUUAUAUCUCUGCGGGCUACCACAUUAGGCCUACAGGGAGAUAUGUAUUUCCAGGAAGGUCCAUAUUUAGUAUAAAGAGCAAAUGUUAGAUUUGCGUGCCCUGCCCUGCUUAUAUUAAUUGUUUUCAUGGCUUUAUCAUUUGCUUUAGAAAAACAUCAAUAAUGUUUUGUGAUGCACUUAUUUCGUAAAAGAACAAAUAGAUCAAUAACAUGCAUAUCUAUUCUAAGGGCAGUUCAAGGUUUAUUUAUCUUUUGAAAUGUAAGGGAUAGUGAACCCGCAGAAUAUUUUUUACUAUAAUAUGUGGGUGUGGCUUUGACAAGUUUUGCGUAUAUAUAGACAAAAUGAGUUUGCUCUGUGCUUUGAGUGUGGUCAUUGGCUUUCAAAUCCCAUAUUUAGACAAUAUUACAAAAUGUAUGACCAAAAACAAAAUCACUCCUUCUCGCUACCGUUUCUCAGUGUGCAUGCUUGUGGUGGUGUAGCAGGGUACUCCAUUUGGUCUGGGUCAACAGCCAGCCGACGUGACCAACAUAUCAACGCUUUCCAUAUAUGUGAUAUAUGUGCACAUUAAAUGUCCGAACUACCGCGCAGCAGCGCUGUAGUCGAUUCUCACACGUAGAUUUUCUAGCUGUUCUUCAUAAUGUGUCCCUUUAAUAUCCAUACAAUUGUGAGAUCCACAAAUACAUUUUUCAGUGUUAUAAUUAUUUAAACUUUCAUGCAUUAUUUAUUAUUUCAUUUAAGUUAUUUUUCAUUUAAUAAAGGCACAUUCACAUUUU